GUUCAGCCAUGAAAAUCCUGAUGGUAGUGAGCGCUGUCCUGGGCGUUGCGGCUGCCCAGAACGCCCUGCCCUACAGCGGCCUGGCCUACUCGGUGCAACCGGACGCGGCCAGAUACUGGACCAACUUAGCCACCCCUUAUGUCAAAUACGCUACUACCAUCUAUAAGGACAUCGCUGCCAACGCCCCGGCAGGUGUCCGCCUCCCGGACGAUGGUUUCAGCACCAAGUUCGACGGCAAAAUCCCCGUCUUUCCUAUCGAGGGCUCCUUUAGUUACGUGGACCUCAAUGGUGUAAAACAGACGGUCGACUACGUUGUGGACGAGUCCGGCUACCGCGUGUCUGGCACCAACCUGCCGGCGGCUGCCGUCACCGACGUGAAGACGCCCGCCGACGCUGCUGCUACCAAGAACAGCUACCGCAACGGCCAGGCCUACUCGGUACAACCGGACGCCGCCAGAUACUGGACCAACUUGGCUGCCCCCUAUACCAAAUACGCUGCCACCGUCUAUAACGGCUUCGCCGCCAGUGCCCCGGCCGGCGUCCGCCUCCAGGACAACGGUCUCAGUACCAAGUUCGACGGCAAAAUCCCCGUCUUUCCUAUCGUGGGCUACUUUAGUUACGUGGACCUCAAUGGUGUGAAACAGACGGUCGAUUACGUUAUGGACGAGUCCGGAUACUGCUUGCCUGGCACCCACCUGCCGGUGGAUUACGUCACCGACGUUAAAAGGAUGCAUCGUGCGAUAAGCGUGUGCUCUCACAGUUGCACUCCGUAA